ACUUCACACAAAAAUGACAAUAACGGAGUUGACCAUUAACGCCUCUCCAGUAGGUCUCGCAUAUAGAGCUCAAGAGAAUAGUCCGAGUACGCAGAUACUAAUGACGUAUUACGUAAUUAUUCGCACGAGGUCUUUGGUAAGCCUUUGAUGUUGCAAACACGCUAGUCUAGUUCCAAUUGAAAUUUACAGUUUUGGUAGGACACAAUUUGCUAAUAUGUCUAUGUUUGUACACUUGUAAGUGUAUUCCAUGCACCAGACAAUAUUGAAGUUAUAAUGUCAUAAUUUAGAACUUGAAGAAUGUCUUUGCUGAUGUGAUGUUAAAAUGAUGUUAUUCUGAGUCUGCAGAUCAGAUCUAUAUCUUAUUGACCUGUCAUAUUAUGAGAUGGAUGUUCUGAAAUAUUAUCGUCAUUAAACCUUGUCAUAGAGUAAAGUUGUUCUGAUGUUUGGAAACUUAUUCAGCAAACCUACCGCAAUUUUAGUAGUCGCAGUAUGUCUAGUUAGCCGCAGCUACAACUUAAUUAGCAAAUUAUUACCAGAUUUCAGUUGGAACCAGUCUACCGUUUGUUUGAAAAUGGAUCCGAAUUAUAGAAGAAGUGUGUCUGCUGAAAACUUGUUAAGUCCACGCAUGUUAAGUCACGGUUUCGUCCAGAAGUCGUUGCGUGAGUUUUCUUCAGAUGUAAAUAGUCCACGCUUGUUAAGUCCAGAUAUCCGUAAGACGGUAUCUGAGCGUGUGUUUCGUAAGAACUCUCCUCAUGGUAGCUUGUUAAGUCCACUCUUGUUAAGUCCAGGUGUUGUCGAAACGUCUGAGAGUGUGUUACCAAGGAACAGUACUGGUGGAAGCUUGUUAAGUCCGUGCUUGUUAAGUCCAGGUAUUGACGUAAUACCUGAGCGCGUGUUUCCGCCAGACUCUAGUCAAAAUGUCAGGUCCGAAUGCUAUGUGUCCUGUCAUUCAACUAACAGUUAUGUUAAUGAUACUAAUGUUGAAGUUCUGAUUAACAAACUGAAUAUUAGAAACAAAGAUAUAACUCUUCUGAUAAUAACAGGAAUUGAUGUAGAAACUGUUAGAUCAAAGUAUAAAGAAUGGUUGAGUCUUUAUGAACAGUAUCAAGUCUGUGUAAAUAAAACUAAAUUUACGAAAUUGGGCAGUCCUGAUUUGCGAAUAUUCGAUAGUGAGGUCAAAAGGUUUCGAAAUUAUGUUGAAGAGUGGUUUCAGCUCCAAAGAACCGACUCUCAGAUAAGACCUGAAGACAGUGCCAGUAAUCAUGGAAGCAGAAAGUCUACAAGAUCUAGUUCUCGGUAUACUGACAUAUCAUUGAUCAAAAUUCGACAAGAGCAAGAACGGGCAGUAUUGUUAGAAAAACAGAAAUUGUUAAUAAAGAGACAGCAAAUGGAGAAAGAGAAAUUAGAGAUAAAACUACGCGAAGAACAACUAAAUCUAUGGGCAUUAUCAAAUUGA